GGCAAGUUGUUUUUCAUGUUUCCCUUCAGGCAGUGCUGCUUCUGGAUGCCUUCAACAAAGAUAGGGCAUCCUUGCCACAGCCUGUUGCAACUCAGCCCCCAGCGUCAGCAUUGCCUCCACCUGAUCCCCGUACUCAGGAGUGUGUGAAGAUGGAUGCCAUGAGGAAGCAGCUCGAUGUGCUCAUGGGAGCAAAUCGAAACGGCGAUGUGAAGGAAGUGAAUCGCAAGUACUACGACCGCGAUGUCUGCCGUCUCUAUCUCUCUGGUCUCUGUCCUCACGAGCUCUUCCAAUUGACGAAAAUGGAUAUGGGUCCUUGCCCAAAGGUUCACUCUUUGCAGCUCAGAAAAGAAUAUGAAGAAGCAAAGGCAAAAGGUGUUGACAACUAUGACAGAGAAUUGGAAGAUGCUAUAGACAGGUUGAUUGUUGAGUGCGAUAGGAAGAUUGGUAGGGCCCUUAAGCGUCUUCAGGAAGAAGAUGCCAAAGCUGCUAUCGCAAUUUCUGUCACUGAAGUCACUCAGACACCUGAAAUACUCGAGUUAUCGAAACAAAUUAAAGAGAAGAUGAAGGAAGCUGAACAGCACGAUCUUGAAGGCAAGACCGAUCUUAAGAUAAGAGCUCUUGAGAUAGUUGAAGAAAUGAGGACCAAGAGAGCUGACAAACAGGCAGUGCUGCUUCUGGAUGCCUUCAACAAAGAUAGGGCAUCCUUGCCACAGCCUGUUGCAACUCAGCCCCCAGCGUCAGCAUUGCCUCCACCUGAUCCCCGUACUCAGGAAAUGAUAAAUGAGAAAUUGAAGAAGGCAGAAGAUCUUGGUGAACAAGGACUGGUUGAUGAAGCACAGAAAGCACUAGAAGAGGCUGAAGCUCUCAAGAAGCUUACCGCCAGACAAGAACCUGUAGUGGAUUCUGGCAAGUAUACUGCAGCUGAUGUGCGCAUUACAGACCAGAAGCUGCGACUAUGCGACAUAUGUGGAGCAUUUUUGAGUGUAUAUGACAGUGAUCGUCGGUUGGCUGAUCACUUUGGAGGGAAGCUUCAUUUGGGUUACAUGCAGAUUCGGGAUAAAUUAGCAGAGCUUCAGGAAGGAAGAAACAAAGUUCGAAAGGAACAGAAUGAGGACAGGAGAUCAAAGGAGCGGAGUAGGGAUCGGGAAUCAAGUAGAGACCGAGACCGAGGAGAUAGUCGAGACCGGGGAAGAGAUCACGAUCGAAGGAGUAGAGAUCGUGAUAGGCACCAUGACAGAGACUAUGACCGGACCCGAAGCUAUGAUUCCAGAAGCCGGCGUAGGUCACGCUCUCGCUCCAGGGAGAGACCAAGGGACUAUGAUCGCCACAGGCGUCACGACCGCUACUAGGUGGCUCAGGCGACCUUUGAGAGCUACGGAUGUUUUAGGAUCAAUCUUUCUACAUUAUGUGGUUUUUUAUUUGCUUUGUCGUGGGAAGUGUAUGUUCCCAAGUUUGUGGAGCUUUCAGACAUAUUCCUUGUCUCAUGUGGUGAUUUUCUCCUCUACUUUCUGCGUGCAAUUUCAAGAGGCCUUGGCGAAGAGAGAUCUUGUGGGUGAUGUUUGAUGCCAAUCAGCUUUCUUGUUUC